AUGUCGACUCCGCUUUUUGGGAACUUCAGUGUUUUGGGCCACGUGGACCUCGAGCUGACGGCCCUGACGAAGGCUUCCAACAUCACGCUGCACGUGGCUGACAUCGACAUACAGCUGGAUUCCAUAAGGGUCGCCCCCUCCAGCGCCCCGGCAGAGACCUCGAUCCCAAUUUCGCGAACGGAGGACGACGCGAGCAAGGACUUCUUCGUCGUGCACUUGGGCCAGAAGCUCCUCGAGGGCGAGAACUACACCUUGUCCUUGGAUUUCGAGGGUCAUCUCAACGACCAGCUGAAGGGCUUCUACAGGUCGUCAUAUCAGGCUGAGGAUGGGGGUGACAGGAUGCUCGCCGCCACUUUCUUCGCCCCCACCUACGCCCGCAGCGCCUUCCCGUGUCUGGACGAGCCCGCCCUCAAAGCGACCUUCGCGAUCUCUCUCGCCCACGAUGACCACCUCACCGCCCUCUCCAACAUGCCGCUUGCGGACUCCGAGCCUGUAGCGGGGCAGGCGGGGUGGGUGUGGGACCACUUCGCCCCGUCGGUGCCCAUGUCCACCUACCUGGUCGCCUUCGUCAUCGCGGACUUCAGGAGCAGGUCUGCGCAGGUCGGCGACGUCCGGUUUGCGACGUGGGCGAGGGAAGCCGCCCUCCAGCAGGUGGACUACGCCCUCGAGACGGGCCCGAAGGCGCUGUCUUUCUUCGAGGAGUACUUUGGCAUCCCUUACCCUCUGCCCAAGGAGGACAUGGUCGCCCUUCCCGACUUCGCUCCCGGCGCCAUGGAGAACUGGGGCCUCAUUACGUACAGAGAGACCGCCAUGUUGUACUCGCCCGACGCGUCCUCGGCCGCGAACAAGCAGCGCGUGGCCGUCGUGGUGGUGCACGAGCUCGCCCACCAGUGGUUCGGAAACCUCGUGACCCCGACCUGGUGGACCGACGUGUGGCUCAACGAGGGCUUCGCUUCGUUCAUGGAGUUCCUCGGCGCGGAUCACGUCGAACCUUCUUGGCAGAUGAAGGAACAGUUCGUUGUAUCUGAUCUUCACUACGUGUUCGGCAUCGACAGCCUGGAAUCGUCUCACCCAAUUAGCGUCCCCGUCGUCAGCCAAGAGCAGCUGGGCGAGAUCUAUGAUGUCAUUGCUUACGUCAAAGGGGCUUCGAUCAUCCGCAUGAUGAACUACUUCCUGGGCGAAGAAACUUUUCGAAAGGGCAUCUCCAAUUACCUCAAGGCUUUCGCAUACGACGCGGCCGAACAGGACGACCUGUUGCGGAGUCGUGCCCCGACGUCGGAGCUCACCCUCCCCCUCUCCCCCGUCCCGCAGGAGCGCUUCCUCCUCCUCGCCAGCGCCUCCGGCCGCUCCGACGCCUCGUGGUGGGUGCCCCUGACGGUGACCUCCCAGGACGCCCCCGACUUCGACCAGACGCGCCCCUCCGCCUGGCUGCCCGCGGGCGCCUCCUCGACCUCCCUCAGCGGCCUGCCCUCCGCCGACGCCUGGGUCCUCCUCAACCUGCAGCAGACGGGCUACUUCCGCGUCAACUACGACGCCAACAACUGGGAGCUUCUGAGCAAGCAGCUGGCCGACGCCCACGAGGUCAUCCACGUCACCAACCGGGCGCAGGUCAUGGACGACGCCCUCAACCUCGCCCGCGCAGGCCAGCUUCCCUACACAACGGCCUUGGGUCUGAACGAGUACUUGGCCAAGGAAGCGGAGUACGUCCCCUGGAGAGCCGCCCUCAACAACUUGGAUUAUCUUGACACGAUGCUCAGUGCCACGCCUGGGUACGGGCCGCUCAGGCAAUACCUCCUCCACCUGCUGAUCCCUCUGUACAACUCGGUCGGCUUCGAGGACGACCUUCAAGGACCACACCUGGACCAGUACAAGCGGGCGAUGGCUCUGAGGUGGACGUGUGGCCUUGGUUACGCCGACUGUGUGGAUCGGUCGGCGCUCCGGUUCGAUCAGUGGAUUAAUAACGGAAGCGACGUGUCCCCGAACCUGAAAUCGACGGUGUACUGCAGUGCCAUCGCGGCGGGGGGGGACGAGGAGUGGCAGGCAGCCUGGGACGUGUACCUGAGUGCCAACGUGGCCUCAGAGAAGGCCGUGCUCCUCUCGGCUCUCGGUUGCACGAAGGAGGUCUGGCUGCUUGCAAGGUACCUGGACAUGGCCUUUACCGAGGGCAGCGGCAUCCGGAAGCAGGACUCAACCGCCGUCUUCUCCGCCGUCGCCAGCAACCGCGUCGGGAGAUACGUUGCCUGGGCGUUCCUGCGGGAGGAGUGGCAGAGGAUCUCGUCUUACUACGACACCUUCGCCUCCCUCGGCAGCCUUGUCACCGCAGCCACAGCCAAGUUCAACACCAGGGACGAGAGGAGACAGCUGGAAUCCUUCAUCGACGAAAACCAGGACAGCCUCUCCUCCGUCGCUCGCUCCGUCUCGCAGGCGCUUGAAAACACAAACAACAACAUUGCUUGGAUGGACACCAACUAUGACGUCAUAGUCCAGUGGCUGCACGAAAAUGGAUACGACCAGUGACGUCACAGCGGUAGAUUUGAGGUCCUGUUGGCGGUCACGUGACGAGGAAAUUUAUGACGUCAUGGUGCUUCUUCAUUUUCGUGACGUCAUAACCGAAUGGACGACGGGAGAUUGGUGACGUCAGGGAACCGAAUAUAAUUUAUAUAUAUUAUUGAUUUUUUUUGUAACUUUUUCCUUUUCUCUCUAUAUAUUUGUCUAUCUAUCUAAUCAUCCGUCUAACUUUCCCUUUAUCCAUCUACGGGUAUUGUAGAAGUAGACAGUUUCAUCCCAUGGAUGAAUCUCUGAAAAUGGUUCACUGGAUGAGAGACAAUAUUAUUAAUUACAAAUAUUUAUGUAUUUACAACCAUUAAUUUCUCUCCUUUUUCCCCUUUGUUUUAUAAAACACACACACACACACACACACACACACACACACACACACACAC